GCUCUCUCUCUCUCUUUCCAGACAUGGCGUCCCGCAAAGAGGGAAGCGGCAGUUCUUCCGCGGCGACCAGUAAGGCCAAAGGCAAAUCGGCCCCGGGAGACUCCGCCGUAAAGCAAGUGCAGAUCGACGGGCUGGUGGUGCUGAAGAUCAUCAAGCAUUACCAAGAAGAAGGCCAGGGCAAUGAAGUCGUCCAAGGUGUGCUGCUGGGGCUGGUGGUGGACGACAGGCUUGAAAUCACCAACUGUUUUCCUUUUCCUCAACAUACAGAGGAUGAUGCGGACUUCGAUGAAGUUCAAUAUCAGAUGGAAAUGAUGCGAAGCCUCCGCCAUGUAAACAUUGAUCACCUUCACGUCGGCUGGUACCAGUCUACCUACUAUGGCUCUUUUGUCACCCGCGCUCUCCUGGACUCCCAGUUCAGUUACCAGCAUGCAAUUGAGGAAUCUGUCGUUCUCAUUUACGAUCCCAUAAAAACUGCCCAAGGAUAUCUUUCACUAAAGGCUUACAGGUUGACACCUAAAUUGAUGGAGGUUUGCAAGGAGAAGGAUUUCUCUCCAGAAGCGUUGAAAAAAGCAAACAUCACCUUUGAAAAUAUGUUUGAGGAAGUGCCCAUCAUAAUCAAGAAUUCCUACCUUAUUAAUGUUCUCCUCUGGGAGCUAGAGAAGAAGUCUGCGAUAGCUGAUAGACAUGAGUUGCUCAGUCUUGCAAGCAGCAACCAUCUUGGAAAGAGUCUGCAGUUGCUGAUGGACAGAGUGGACGAGAUGAGCCAGGACAUUGUAAAAUACAACACUUACCUAAGGAAUACCAGCAAGCAACAGCAGCAGAAGCAUCAGUACCAGCAGAGACGUCAGCAAGAAAACAUGCAGCGUCAAAGUCGAGGAGAAGCACCUCUUCCUGAAGAGGACUUGAACAAAUUGUUCAAGCCACCACAGCCUCCUCCCAGGAUGGAAUCACUGUUGAUUGCAGGUCAAAUUAACACUUACAGCCAGAACGUCAAGGAGUUAACUGCACAGAACCUCGGCAAGCUCUUCAUGGCUCAGGCACUUCAACAGCACAACAGCUAGGGGAGAUGAUGAGGUGCUUCUCAUACCCUGCCCAGCAAGGAGAUGCUCCAAAAUUUAGUUCAUUUUUGCAUAAGUUGUUUUCCAUUGCUCGUUGUAAAAUGAACUAUGAACUAGAUUCUUCUGUGUUUUGAAUAGAGUUAUCUCUCUUCUAAAAGAAAAUAAAGAAGCAACCAAUUAAAAGUG